UGUCCCUCUGUCCCGCAGCUGUCGUUGGCCAAGGCCUGCGCGAACGGAGGCCAGCUGGGCCUGGAAGGGAAGGUCUCCGACGGGACUGUGCGCCAGCUCUUCCAGGCCUCCCGCGCCGUCAGCAAGCAGCAGGUCUUCUCCGUGCAGAAGGGACUCAGCGACACGAUGAGGUACAUCCUGAUUGACUGGCUGGUGGAGGUCGCCACCAUGAAGGACUUCACAAGCCUGUGCCUGCACCUGACCGUGGAGUGCGUGGACCGGUACCUGCGGAGGAGGCUUGUGCCCCGGUACAGGCUCCAGCUGCUGGGCAUCGCCUGCAUGGUCAUCUGCACCCGGUUCAUCAGCAAAGAGAUCCUGACGAUCCGAGAGGCAGUUUGGCUCACAGACAACACGUACAAGUAUGAGGACCUGGUGAGGAUGAUGGGAGAGAUCAUCUCUGCCCUGGAAGGGAAGAUUCGAGUCCCCACUGUGGUGGAUUACAAGGAUGUCCUGCUGACACUGGUGCCCACGGUCCCGCGAACUCAGCACCUGUGCAGCUUCCUGUGCGAGCUGUCCCUCCUGCACACCAGCCUGGCCGCCUAUGCCCCAGCCCGUCUGGCGGCGGCCGCCCUGCUGCUCGCGAGGCUGACCCACGGACAGACGCAGCCCUGGACCACGAGGCUGUGGGACAUCACCGGGUUCUCCUGUGAAGACCUCACCUCCUGUGUCCUGAGCCUUCAUCAGAAGUGCUUCCACGACGACGCCCCCAAGGACUACAGGCAAGUCUCUCUGACCGCCGUGAAGCAGCGAUUCGAGGACAAGCGCUACGAAGCAAUCAGCCAGGAAGAGGUGCUGAGCUAUGGCCAGCUGUGCGCGGCGCUGGGCGUGAAGCAGGGCAGCCCGGAGCCCACGUCCUUCCUCAGCGCGGGGGACGUUCAGGCCUUCCUCAGCUCUCCGUCAGGAAGGAGAGCCAAGCGGAAGCGGGAGAACAGCCUGCAGGAGGACAGGGGCAGCUUCGUCACCACGCCCACCGCCGAGCUGUCCGGCCCGGAGGACGUGCUGCUCGGCAGCUUCCUGGACUGGAGCCUGGACUACUGCUCCGGCUACGAGGGCGACCAGGAGAGCGAAGGCGAGAAGGAUGGCGACGUGACCAUGCCCAGCGGUGUCCUCGACGUCACCGUGGUCUAUCUAAACCCAGAACAGCACUGCUGCCAGGAAUCGAGCGACGAGGAGGCCUGCCCGGAGGACAGCAGACGCCAGGAUGUGCGCACCUACGCACCAGGCCCCCAGACGCCUCCGAGCCCGGAGCCCCAGCCUCUGCUCCGCGGCAGGAGGGAGCCAGGCAAGGACAGCGUGACCUCAGGCUACUCGUCCAUCUGCAGCGCGAGUCCCACAGACUCGGUGGGCGGUGUCUUGGGGGCCCCUCCCCGAUCUACCUCAGUGCCGUCCCCCGGCAGCGACUCAGGCACACAGCCUUGCCGCCGGCACGCCAAGAAGCCAUGUUUACAGUGUCGCUCUCCCAGCCUCCCGGAGAGCAGCGCCCCCCAGCAACAGGUAAAGAGGAGAAAUCUGCCCGUCCACAGCGAGGAGGAGGGCACCGAGCACGAGGCGAGGGGCCUGAGCCCGGCCUGCUGAGCCCCUGGCUGUCCACACUGGCUGCGGGGACCGCCACUGCGCUAGGGAGCCUGGGGCUCCGGAGGUGGGCGCCGCGGGCACCCCAGAGGCUCUCACACAGGGAACCGAGAAGGCCGGGGACACGAAGUUUCCUCCUCUGGGGCGGCCCCACACGGGCUGCCAGAAUGUCUAUGUCAGAACAGAAACUCCAGUUCUUCCCUUUGGAAGGUUUAGCCUCAAAGUCCUCAUGCCGCGUGCUGUGAAGCCCCUUUGUCCCUUCUUGUGUCCUGCUCUCUCUGGGGAGCCUGAGAUCUCCCCAGCCCCGCUGAGCCACAUCCCGGGAACUGACGGCGUGAGCAGGCGGGCUGGCGUGGCUCACCCCCCCGCAUCUGGGGGGCUCGGGUGACCGGGGGAGCCGACCUCUCCGAGCGCACGCACCACCGUCCCGUCCCCGCCUCGGCUCCCUCCCUCCCUGGGUGGCAGGUCCCCUGCUGAGGGAGCCCUGCUCUGCACACCGCCGAGGCCUGCACGUGACCACCAGGUGGGCAGGGCCUUGCCGGUCUUGGCCCUAGCAUUCCUGCCUGCCAUGCUUCCACCUCCUUUUAGAGCCCCGUCUCUUCCCGCAGAGUGAUUUGUCUGUGUCCCCAGCAGGUGGUGCCCACCUGAAUGCCUCUCUUUGCACUGAGUUUCCAGGCCAUUUCUUUUCGUCUUUAUUUCCAUCCUUUGUGUUUCUAAGAUGGAAAUAAAAAGUAAAGAUAGAA